AUGGCACAUUGUGGCCAGUGUGAUCGCUGGUUCAUCAAUCUUCAUGCACUACAGGACCAUGAACAACACUCGCCAAAGCACGCCCGCUGCAGACAGCAGUCCAAAAAGACGAAGACUCAUACUUGUCAUAUAUGUGGUGCCGUAUGCAUGUAUCACUUCUAUAGACGACCUCGUUGUCCAUUGAUUACUGUCCAGGGGCUAUCGACGCUGAACGGAUUACAGCAACAUCAGAUAAACAAGCACAAUUGCUGUGUUCCUUGUAACCGGUACUUCGCAAGUGUGCAGGCCCUGCGCUCUCACCUACAAUCGUCCAUCCACCAGCCGAAGAGCGUUCUCUGCCCAGGCCAUAAAUGCUCCAAGCGCUGCAAGACGGCGGCGGGCCUAGUCAACCAUUUGGAGUCUGGCGCUUGCAGGUCUGGCAUGAACCGGGCCCGCAUCAACGCGCUCGCGGUCGAGUUUGACAAAACCAAUGUCAUCACUAAUCGCGCCCGCCUUCUGAGUGGUUCGCACGGCUCCUGCGCACCCAGGCCCUUGAUCACGUCGAUAGCGACAUCGCUCUCGUUCAACGGCAGGUCAUAUGAAUGUUUCAUGUGUCACCGUCAAUUCCAGACCCUCGACCGUCUCAACCAGCAUCUUGUCAGCCCCGCGCAUGAUGACGAGAUAUACCGGUGCCCGAAAGCGUUCCAGGGCUGCGGUAAAGAGUUUCGCGUUCUCAGUGCAUUGUGCCAGCACGUUGAAAGCGGGAAGUGCGGUAUCAGGAGAUUCAACGCGCCAAUGCAGAAGGUAAUAGGGUCGAUGUCGAGUGCUUUGAAAGGUCUGCUUCUCUGA